AUGGGGAUCUCGCACCCGCUGUCCGACGAGUUCUACGGAGGGCCCCGCGGAGGAGGGCUGGGCUUGGGCAGCGCGCUGCUGCUGUCGCCGGACCGGACGCCGCCGCCGCCGCCCGCGUCCUGCUGCUCGCCCGUGGACGGCGGCCAGGAGGACUUCCUCCAGCACGAGGUGUCCCGGAUGGACACGCUCGCCGGCAUCGCCAUCAAGUACGGCGUCCAGAUAUCUGACAUCAAGAGGGCGAAUAGUCUUGUGACCGACAGCCAGAUGUAUGCGCACAAGGCAUUGCUCAUACCUCUACCAGGAAGGCCCAUGCCAUCCUCUGUCAAGCUCAACGGCUCCAGCCUACGAUCGAAAAGAGCGUGGGCUCCGAACAAUCAGCAAAACAGGGACAUUGUGGAUUCACUAGAUUCAGUUAACUCUAGACUGCAGCAGUCAUCGCUUGCAAUGAGCAGCUUGCAGAGCUACUAUGGCCUGAGUUCUCAAAGAGGAGAUGACAUGGAUUUGAGUACGGAAAUGUCCUUGUACAGCAAGGGAAGCUCCCAAGUUACUGGAAGUGAAAUACUCCCAAUUUCUUCUUCUCCGCCUGACAGUACACAAAGCACCGGCAGAAGCAACGGGGCGGCCAAGGAAAAGCAAGACGGCUCCAUACGGCGGCGGCAGAAAGUGGAAGCCGACACCAACGACGACCUCCUGUCGGACUCGAUCAAGAUGAUCAAGAGUUUCCUGCCGAGGCCGGUCUCCAGCAUGCGUCUGAGCACGGACUCAAGCAGCCCGGAUUCCGCCGCGAGGAGCAACAGCGGCUCGUUCCUCGACGGGUUCAAGUCCGCGGUGCGGAGGUCGCCGAGCGCGCCGAGCUUUGCGGACUCGGAGAACGGCGGCGCCGGGGGCUCCAUGUGGUCGAGCUCCAAGUGGACCUUCAACCACGAGUCCUUCACCCGCCCGUUGCUCGACGGCCUGCCCAAGCCCUCGCCCGGCCGCAGGAUGAAAGCUGCUCUGGACUGA